ACGGCUAUUGGUUUCCAUUUUAGUUGCCCAAUCAUCUUUUCCGCAUGUACACAAACCGAUAUCCAAGCAAAUCAUUUCGCAAACCAUGACAUUUUUCAGCAAAGACAAUGUAAAGCAUUUUGAAGUUCCCGGUGAUGAUGGUAAAAUAAGUACUUUACCACUGCUAGAAGCGGCACGAGGGGUGGUGGAAAUGGUCUCUGCCUUUGGAAAAGCAUUUUCACCUGUUAAGAGUGAUAUCAAUGGAAACAUAGAGAAACUACAGAAAAAGUAUGAGAUGGACAAGGAGAAGUUUAUCACUAUAAAUGCCAUGUUAGAUGAUGAAAUGGAAAACAAAAGUACAGAUUUAGCUAAAGUGGGAGGACUGUGGCUAGUAAGAGGUUUGAAUUUUUUGCGAACAUUCAUGCAGUUAUUAAUAAAGGAAUACAAAGGAGGAAGUAAAGAGGAGAGUAUGAAACAAAUCAUCACUGCUGCUUACGAGGCCACCCUGAAAAAAUACCAUGGAUUUAUUGUCAAAAAAGUGUUCUCUGGAGUUUCUAGUUUUGCACCAUACAGGAAGGAUUUCUUAUUGAAGAUGGCCUUAGGAAAAGAAGGAAUGGAGGAACAGGUAAUAAAUGAUAUGGAUGUGUAUUUAGAGACAAUGUCACCCUUACUAGAUGUCAUGGGGCAGCUCUAUAAAGACAAAGGACUAGAUACAGAUGACAAAGUGUAAACAAAGUCCCUUAUCCCAUCUGACUAGCUCAGAAGAGGGCAUGUUUCUUUAGAGUUGUGUGAUAUGUAUAUAUAUUUUUUUAUGAUUCUCUAUUUAACAUAUAUCACUAUGCAUUAAAAUCUCUAAGCUAAAAGCUUACAAGAAAUGAUCUGUCUUUUUAGUAAUAAUAAAGAACAUAUCAAAUUGCAGUAGACAUAUUUAUGAAAUAAAAAUCAUGGAUUUGUUGUUCUUUAGGUUUAUUGUUGCUGACAUUGAAUGUAUAUUUUUUAUUGACAUUAUCUGUUCAACAUUUUUACAUUUAUGGACCAUUUUCAAAAAAAAAAAAUUUUUAUGCACAUUCCACUAGUUACUGUAAAUUUAUGCAAAUGAUUAAGUUCAUUACUUUCAAAUUAGAUAUGUAUACAUAAAACUUUAUAUGAGAAAAUAAAGAUACAUGUUGGGGUAAAUUUAUAUCAGUUAAAUAUGAAAUUAAAAUCUCCAUUGUCUAUCCUCUAGUAGUAAUGUAAGUUAUAUAAUGAUUUUCUAUGGCUGGAAAUUGGAAUAUCCAUAUAACUAAACUAUUUAUAGGGUAUUUUUAGUUGGAAGAGUUCUUGAAUCCCAAUUCCAUUUUAUGUCCUUGCUGCAAUAAACUUUUUUUUGAGUGAAUGAGAUUGCAAUACAAUAAAAUCUCAGAUUUUG